GACUUCUCCCACCGGCUCCGUCGCCCAGCUGCACCUCGGCAUGGCGAAGGCGGCCGGGGCCGUCUGUGCCUUCCUCCUCCUCUUCCUCCUCGCCGCGCUGUGCUGCCGGAGCCUGGCCCAGAGAGCCCCGGCCAUGCCGGACAAGUGCUGCUUCAACUUCCAGAUGAGGAGGAUCAAGAAGGACAACAUAGUGGAUUGCUACGCCACCAGCCCCGAGUGCCCGCACCGGGCCGUGAUAUUCAAGGUGAAAAACGGCAAAGAGAUCUGCGCCCAAGCCAGCAAGGCCUGGGUGAAGCACUACCAGGAGACCUUCAAAGUCAGCUCCUUCUCCAUCCCCAGCUAGGGGGGCCGCGGGGAGGCAGCGCGGGGCCCCCACCGCGCAAGCCCCUCGCCCGGGGGGACGCCAGGAGCAGCCGCCAGCAGCACCGGGCUCGCGGCUCCUCGGGCCCCUCGCUCACCUCCCCGGAGCGGAGGGGUGCUUUCGGUGCCCCGGGACUGGGCGGGACGGGCCGACCCCUCGGGGUGCUGGCUGCCGUUGGCCGUCCUGCGGGCGCCGCAGCUCCCUCGCUUUCCCCCACCCCGGGGCCGAGGCAGGACCGUUUCUUAGCCGGGGAUCAGCCGCCUUCCCCGCCGCCUUCCCAGCCGGCCCGCAGACUCAUCGCUUCGUGCAGCAGCACCGUCGGCUUGUGCUUCACGCCCCAAGGAGUCUCGCACGCGCGGGGGUUAAGGAGAAAUGUCUGUGUGGUCACUUUUUGUACGGCACAACGAAUAGAAUUAAACAUCAUGUCAUGUACGAA